AUGUAUGCAGCUCUUGCUCUCUUGCAACCACAUCAGCGACCUUUGACACGGUAUCUUCCAAUCAGAAGUGAGAGUUUGAAUCUUCGACACCAUAUAGAGUCAGCUGGUCACCAGAUAGAGCUGUGUCCACACGUGAGUUUAGACUCCACAUCAUGUCGAGGAUAUCUGCACAAGAUGGGCUCGAAGUUUCACCACUGGAACAAACGGUUGUUUGUGUUUGACAGAAUACGAAGAACCCUGACAUACUACAGUGACCGAGGUGAGAAUAAACCUCGUGGUGGAGCAUAUUUCCAGUCCACUGAAGACGUGUAUGUGGACCACUUGAACUCUGUGAUGUCCAAUCCUCAGUUAACAUUUGUAGUGAAGCCAAAUGAGAGGGCAUACCAUCUGAUGGCCCCAAGUGCAGAAGCCAUGCGAAUCUGGGUGGAUGUAAUUUUUACUGGUGCUGAAGGAUAUCAGGAAUUUGAACAUGGUUCAUAGACUUGGUGAAACUGGAGUUUGGAAUUUCGAAAUUCACAAGCACUGGAUUAAAUGGUUAAUUGUGGCCAGCAGUCAGCCUUUUCAGUGAAGAAUAAAUCAAGAUCAUGUCGUUGAGGUUUGAGAUGAUUAUUAUGCAAUGACAGUGUAUGCAAGUUAUGCAGAUAUUUUGAGAGUUAUAAUCCUGAGCAUUCGGAAUAAAGUUCAAAAUUUAACUUCAUCCCCAUGCUAUUGAAUGUAAAGUGUUCUGGUCAAGUCAUAUGUGACCUGACUUUUUCGUCCAUUUUCUUCUGAACAGGAUCUUUGGUAAUGAAAGUGAUGUGGCAAGAGAUGAAUGUUAUUUGCUUUUGGACCAGUAAAUUUGAUCUGCUAAUGCUCAAAGUGUAAUUGACCAUCAUGAUACCAAUUGGCGAUUGGAAAUAUGAAUAAAAUAAUUUAUGUGGAAUGAUGGAGUGCCAUACAAACAUAUACUUUUUUAUAAGUCACAUACGUGGUUUUGUAUUGGUUUAUAUAAAUUCGAUUACUAUUAAAACAGAAAUUAUAUUUCCAAAAAUAUGAUAAGUGAUGUAGUUAGGAAGAAGGCUUCCAAUUGAUAUGAUAUUUUUCAUUCAUUAGAAACAAUCAAAACUAAAAAUAUUUCAGAAAGGUUAUGGAAUUUUGAGAGAGAAACGUUUAUCAUCACAUUGAUGUUUUUAUUGGAGCUUGAGAAUGGUAAUCUAAUGCUGUUACAGCACACAGAAUCUCUCCAUUUAUGUUAUGUGGCUCACUUUGAUUGUUAUAUCUGUAAAAUGAAUGCAGUGAUAGAUUGGAAGCAAUCUGCAAAAUGUCUUAUAAACCUCAUCUUUAGGGUUGUAUGAGAAAAACUGCAGUCAUAUUUUGUUUGUUGCAUUGUCAUGCAGAUGUCCAUUAUUAUUUUAGGAGGAGAGGUUUAUGUACAUUCUGAAUGAAUAUAAGAUGAAAACAGUAAGGAUACUUACUCUAACAUGACUAGAGGUAUUGAAAUAUUUAGAAUGGUAUUUUUGAGCAACCUGUAAAAUGAAAUUAUGUCACAUUUGUGGUCCGGCAGAUUUGGUAAGUUAUAUUGUGUGUGAUGUUUUGUACAUUAAUUUCUGAGCACAGUAAUCUCAUCAGCCUUUUUCUUCUCUGCUGCCAUAAGCUUUCCACCACCAAGUUUAUGAAUUUACCACCAUAUUGUAAUUGCAUGAAGAGUGUCUUUGCUCUUUACAUUCUCUCACAUCUCCUCUAACAGUUCAUGUAUAGGGACUACAAAUAACAGGAGUUCUGUAUUUUCCUGUGUUCCAGUGAUUUUUUUUUCUUUUGUAAUUUUUGGUCACAUUAAUCUGGAGCUGUUUUUUUUUCUUCUUCCCCCCCCCCCAAACCUUUGGGGCAAAUUGACUGGUAGAGGUGAGCUUAGAAACAAAAAAUGAUGAGGUAUGGUUAAGUCGGUCCAGUAAAAGAAAACACUGAAUCUCUUUUCUGGUCAGAAUAUAUUUCUUCCAUUACAGUACCCUUCGAAGGCAUGUAAUGUAAUCAUGAGUUGCCAAACUUCCUGAUUUUAGUGAGUUCCCAAUGUGCAUUUGAAUGAGAUGUAAUCCAUUUUUGGUGGUGUUGCAACUUUAACUUUUGUUAUAAAGUUUUUUUCUUUCUUUCACAUAGUGUAACAAAAUUACCAGACUGGAGUUUAGUCAGAAUCCUUUCAUAAAAUGUAAGUCGUUAUGGAUAUAUGGAUUUCCAGAAUUGUUGUGUGUCACUUUAUUAAGCAUGUGGUAUGACCUAUUACCAUGAUUUCUUAUUAUUUCCAACAGUAGUAUGUUUUCCUUGCAUAGGCCUAUCAAGAAAAAUAAUGUAUAAUAAUUAAUUUUUACAAUCAUUGUCUGCAGAUUCUGUGACAGGUGUUUUAAGAGGAAGGAUUUUUACAUUUAUGUGCUCAAGAACCUCUUCAUUGCCCUUGUAUGGAUGACAGAGUUUACAGAAAUAGUCUAUACACUAAUUAAUGGUAUUGAUGAUGAAAUAUAUUAACAAAAUAUUAAAUCAG